GCUGUACGAUAAUCGAGAUAAUUCACUCGGUACUUAGCUGGUGUGGCCUGCUUGUUUCCCAAUGCCUGAUGGGAACGCGCGUCGUUCAAAUUUGUUUCCUGUUUUACUUGUGCUGUUUUUUGUCAGUCAUGGAGACGCGAGUAAGCGCAAUCACGACCCCUAUAAAUGAGACCGCGCCACACAGAAGGACCAAAAGUUAUGGGUUUUCACGCCGAAGUCUUGGUGUUGAAUUGACAUCUCAUUUCGGGUGUACACCAGGUCAACUUACUGCUGUACGAAUACCAACAAGCAGAGGGAUUCCCAAACCACGCAACCUUACAGAACAAGUUGACCCAGAACACGUCGCUCUCAUUGUGAAGAAAGAAUGGAAGCUUUCCUACGUUACACCUUUAUAUCAGUUUAGACAUACUCAGCUUCAGUCUUACUCAAAACAACUAGCCUCGUUCUUAGUGGCUGAAAAGCAGCAGGGAGUUGCUGUGGAAGUUGGUCAAGAGCUUGGCUUCAAAGUGGUCUUCACCGCAGCUCUUGGACUGGCAGAGACUGAAGAUGAUGCCGAGACGGUUUUAAUACAGAUCCAGUCAAAAUCUGCUUUUCCUGCCGAGGGGGAAACUGCCAAGGUGGUGUGGAGCGGGUGGCUGAGCUGUGUCAGUGGUGAUGUGGAGUACCUAAAGGCCCUGCCCCCCGACUUCACCUGCCUGCCUCUGUUUGGCACCAGUGGGGCAGAGUCCCUCACCACCUUGGUCAUGUCCUGGUUUGAGAGGACAUUUGACUGUUACUUUGGCCCUUUGGGCAUCAAUUCCACUAACCUCGAGUGGCUAGCUGCCCUAUGGACUGGGUGCCACUCUGACACCAACAUCCGCUACCUGAAGUUAGCAUGGACGGUCCCAGCUCAACCCCCUCUGGAUGUCUCUUACACCGUUCACCCACAGGACGCCUGGGAACUCUGGGACAGCAUUCGGCAAGAGAGUGGCCUGAGGGACACAGUGGACAUUGAGGAGGUCAACUGUUUCAUCCGAGGGCUGGAAUCCCAUUUUUUUCGCCAUUUCAGAAUCUACCUGUCAGCUGGGACCUUAACUAAGGUGGCCACAUCUCUGGGCUCUGCUCACAAGGACGGAAAAAUCAGGAUUGCAAGCAGUGACAUGAUGACCUCGGUCCUUGCCCUGCUGACUGAAUGUGCGCUUCUGAAAAUGCCCAUCUGACCCUAGGAAGUCUUCCCAGCGUUUGUAAAUAGCAUUUUAUAUGUACAAAAUUUCUUCAUAACUUUUAAUGUCAACAUACUAAUUAAGCUACGCAAUAGGGGUCCUGCUUUUAACUGUGAUAUACUACAUAUGGUAACUGGGAAAGAAGGCUACAUGCUGCAGUUAGUUAUUAAAGUUCACGUUGGUUAGAACCUUUCCUUUGUAUGUGUCUGCAUGUAUGCGUGUAUUACACCAACAUUAACAUCUAUUAAUGAGAACUCUCAUACUGCAGCCUAUCCCAGGAGUUCUUGGUUCCCGCAGUUCAGGAACCAAUCUAAACUUAAAUCACCGAUGACUAGACCAAGGGUUUUAGCCCAUUCUACUUCCUCUAGGACAGGGUUGCUCAGCCCUGUUCCUGGAGAUCUACCGUCCUGUAGAUUUUCAUUUCAACCCUAAUUCAGCACAUCUGGUUCUAAUUAGCAGCCCAUCAAAAUAUCUAGCUGUUAAAUGGUGUGCUUUGGUGGGGUUGGAAUGAAAACCUACAGGAUGAUAGAUCUCAAGGAAAAGGGUUGGGCUUUUGGGGAGUGUUGAGUUACAUCAGUGUUGGUGUGGGUGCAGGUUUUUGUUCAGGCCUAGCACAAAGACACCUGAUUCUACUUGUCAAGUUCUUCAUUUUAUACCAUGAUUAGUUGAAUCGGGUGUCAUAGUGCUGCACGCACACCAGUGCUUUUUGGAUAAUAUUAGACAGCCCUUAUGUAACUCUGUAACACAGCCCAACCCUAUUCCUAGAGAUCUAUCAUUCCCAGCUUGGUUCUAGUACAUCAGACUAAUGCAAAUAUUUGGCAGUUUUGUAUUAAAUCCAAAAUGGCAAUGUUCUCUAUAAUUCUUGAGACACCUGACCUAUAUUUGUGUAUUUAUAUUAAAUAAAUCAGAAACCUGUCUUGUGA